AUAUUCUAUGCGAAGCAACAAAAUUCUAUAGUCAGCAACUGAUACUUUUACCGCAUCGAUUUUUCAAGCCGGUCUCCACAGAGCUUCGUAAUGACAACAAAGCGUUACUAUGGUUCGCGACAAUCCCGGACAGAUCGCAACAGUAGGGUUAUCGGUUAGUUGUGAGGUUGAACGUUAGAAGUUAAACAUGCUGAAAGGAAUUUUGAUGCAUCCGUUAGUUUCCUAUUGCGAGUAUUUGAAUAAAGAGAACUCGUAUGUGUACGAAAUUGAGUCGGUCGUCAGAUUGAUGAGACGAUUGAAUCGAUGUGACAGAAGUUAAAAUGACACGCCGAAAUCGAGAUUCUCACGAGCAAAGAUCCAUGGAAAUCGCUAAAUCGUUCGAGCGAAACGACAGUGAGAAUGAUGCCGUUGCUGUUCGUGCCGCGGACAAUGAUAGCUAUGCAAAAGGUGGUAGCGCGUCAUUGCAGAAGCGAUGGACUAGCUCAGAAGAUUCAAGCCGACUGUACAGCCAAGAAACUAAGACAAAUUUUCUUCGACGACAACGCAACACCGAAGAUACAGAGACCGAGUCUUCGGACAUUAGGAGUAACGAUCAGGCUCGUAAAAUCGAGAAGCACUUACGCGGGAAGGUCUGUUACUCCGACGUUCGCGCGAGCGAAGACAGGAUCGCUUCAAAGUCGCUGGGAAGAAGGAGGAAGCGCAGUAAACAAACCGAAAGACGGAGACUCGGUGAACGAUCUCGCACGGUAAAUGACAAUUAUCGCACUCGAAUCGACAACCGAUCAUCCCCUAGACGUCAUAGCGGAGAAAGUAGCAUUACCGAUAAAUCGCAAAGAAAGAAGAAAAACGUUAGUCGAGCGGACAACGAGGUACCCAUCACGGAGAUCUUGAAGAAGGCUGAGGAAAAUGCACGCACAAAGUACGUGGAGCCUGUACCGCUUCCGGAAUUGACUACGGACACGAUUUAUAUUCAAGGCAAGAAUGGCUUUAGCGCCGUGAAAAUUGGCGGGUUGAGACGUGCUUUGGAAAAUGAUACGACGCGUGCAACAAAAGGCGGGGUGGCAAGCGAAGAAGGCCGCGAUAUCACAAAGAUUCGAACGCACACGCUGAUAAGAGUAGCAAUUACGGUCCAGAACUUUUGGAAAUCUACUGGACGUGUUUUUCAGGGUCUCUUAGGCGGAAUGGCGCUUCUGCAUCUUGUAAUGAUGCACGUUUUCUUCAAUACUUCGAUGGAGUUCAUGUCCAAUUAUUCGAUUUUUUCCGAAAUAUACACAAAUAUGUUUUCUUUCUUAAUAACUGUCUGCGUCAUCUCCAUUUUCGACAAAUUCGAUCUAAUGCGGCUUGGUACAGAUCAUCUACGUGAAAUUUACACGGAUCAUGCGAGAUCUGUAAUUGCAAUUCCUCUUUAUCUAGCGACGUUUAGUCUUCAUCAGGCAUCGUCGAGGGUCGACGAUCAGUUGGCUUUGACGCACUAUUGUAAUAUCAACGAGACCAUAUGGUUGAAUACUACGACGCUGGAAAUCUUUCUGAACGAAUUAGACGGUUGGCAGAAAAUAAUGUUGUCAAAAGAUAUUCUUGCGGUGCUUGCUUGGCUUUUCGCUGCUCUUGGAACGCAUGACGACAUGUUACUGAUGCAUCUCAAAUCGAUGGAGAAGUACGCGAAUAACGUGCAGUCUCCCAGAUGACAAUUGAGGAAUGGAGAAAAUUGUCAAACGAUAGCGUUUUUCUGCGCGAUCGGAGGGAUCAAUUUUUGCAAAAUGCUGAAAAAAGGAACACAUCAGACAAUAAUCAUAUAUCUUUCGUAUACUUCGUUAUGUGCUGCAGAGUUUAUCUCUCAAUUCGAUUUAUAUAUUGCACUGCAUUCUGGAUAUAAAAGGAUUCACCGUAUAUUUUCAGGAUUGGUAUACGAAGGAAGGUACGAUUUAAACAUUUAUUUGUAACAGAAUAGCGUUUGAUAUGUACAAUAUGUAUAAAGUUUGCCUAAAUGCUAAUUGAUAAUAUAUAUAAUAUAUGUAUAUGUAUACAUAAUAUAUAGCAAAGAGGACAAUAAUAUUAAGAAGAAAAUAAUAUAUGAUGUGUUGGUACAAUAGUAAAAUAUGUCCGGAAACUUUUCUCGAGCACAACAUCGACGGAAUCUGCAAUUGCAAAAAGGAGCGUAAUUAUCGUCGACGUGUCUUUGGCGGAAAAUACAAAAUUGCAACGAAUUUGAAGUCCGAUAUAACUUGAAGAUCACGUCGACUUUGUUCUCGUAGCUUACAAUUGCCGAUCCGAGGCGGCGUGUGUUCUCGUUGUACAAGAAAGAAAGCGUUCAUUAUAUAAAUAAUGUGCGAAGGCUUGUACUCGUUUGCGAAGCAACGGAUAAAUAUAUACAUGCCGCGCGCGUAAAAUUUA